AUGCUGACGCGGAGAUUGAGCACAACUUUCGCUCUUGGUGCUCGCACUUCCACUUCUUCCCUCUCAUCACCCCAACCGUGCCGUGGGGUGCAAUCGUCCACCUCCCGUCAACAAGGUCAGAACACUCCCAUCUUGACCCUGGCGCAGCCCGCAGGCGCUUCAAGUAAUUCCGCUCUGUAUUCUCCGCUCGCGCGCGUCACGGGACUCCCCGAUCCAAGCACCCACCACCGCCCCCCCUCACACGUCGCGUCGGGCCUUCCAGACUCGGCCUUCUCCUACAUUGUACCCUCCAACGUCGAUCAGCGCGGGGCACAGACAGCUGAAGGCUUCCGCACUAAUUGCUCGCCUAUCUCGCCGGACAUCGACACUUUCGCUACGCCAGUGCUCUCACGCGCCGCCUCGACUUCACGACGUGGAUCAAUUCCGGGAAACUCAUCCGACGUGUACGAGCCGAGCCUUGUGCAUGGGAUCUGGCCAGCGAAUGCUAGGCAUCCGACGUCGCUUCCACCCCCGCCUCGAAGCCCCUCUGGGUCCGCAGGCCGACGCCGUGGAGAGGAGCUGA